CCAGCAAAGUACCACCAUGUUAUAAUAAGGUUUGCUUUCAUCAUUGCGGAGGACGAGGACGCUCACCUGUGCUGAGCAAAAACAUAUGAUCCGAUUCAUUCUUCUUUAAAAAAAAAAUAAUAAUACUUGUUUUUACUGCUGAUUCUUGCGUGUUAAAAUAUGAGAAGGGGUUCAUUUAAUAUUGUACAGUAGUCGAAAGCAGUGUUAAUAAACUGCGUGAUUAUGCCGUCUUCUGCUUCGCGUCAGCAGCUGUUAAGGGUCGCUCUCGUGUUGCUGUGGAUGAUAAAUUGCGCUUCGGCCAAGUCGCCGCAGUUUUCCGAUUUGAAAUCGAAGAUCUCGGGGGUAGAAGAGCUCCUGGAGGAGUUCAGAAAGCAGCUGCAGCAGGAGCAGGCGCUGAAGGCGGAGGAUGGUGUAGGGGACGUGUGCUUGAGCGGCUUCAACGCGAUCGAGGGCCAUAUCAUCCGAGCGAGGGACUCCAUCGAACUGGGAGCCACCUUCCUGACGGCCCCGGCGCCGGUGUACAGCUGGAAGGCUUGCCUGCACGCCUGCUGUGCCGACCCCCGCUGCACUGUGGCGGUGGUGCAGGAGGACGCCAAGCAGUCGGACGACAGUCUCAGUUGCUUUCUUUUUAAUUGCACUUACAGGAACAGGAACGUGUGCACCUUCUCUCUGCAGCAGGGCUACAGCACCUACAGCCGGGUCCGUAACUCGUCCGGGUCCGGCCCCGCUACCCUAAACACGGAUUCAUCCAGGCAGAGGGUCCAAGACUCGCUGACAGCCGAUAACUCACAAGACCCGGACGAGCCACCGCGCAGCGACGCCGGCCAGGACGGAGUGAUCCAGCUCCCCACGGACUGGGCAGUCCUGGAUGGGCGCAACAGCGUGGACGAUCAUGGCAUCACCCGCUACGAGUGGGUCCUUAUCCAGGGAGACCCAUCCAUAAGCAUGAAGGUGACCCAGCCUGGGAUCCUGAAGCUGAGUGGCCUGCAAGAAGGUACCUACCUCUUCCGGAUGACCAUCACGGAUACGGCGGGUCAGCGGAGCUCAGACAAUGUCACCAUCACUGUGCUGCCACCGCGCCAGCAGCCAGAGGUGUGCACGGGCCGCUGCUCUCGCUACCAGUUCCUGUGUGACGACGGCUGCUGCAUCGACAUCACGUACGCAUGCGACGGCAGGCAGCAGUGCACUGACCGCUCCGACGAAGCAUUCUGCCAGAACUUUGACGGGGGCCGCAAGCAAGUGACUCAUUCCUCUGGUCGUGACUCAACGAAGCCCACAGUGCACCGGCAGGACAGCGAGGUUUCCGUGCUGGCUGGGCAGAGGGGGGGCGUGGAGUCGCCAGAGGCGCCCGCCGGAGUCCACCGGGACGGCAGCAGCCCAGUCCCUGUGUCACAGGCAGGACAGGAACGCCGAGCAGGGUCCUGCUCGGCGUCGCGGGAUGCCGGGCCCUGCAAAGGCGCAUUCCCGCGCUGGUUCUAUGACCCACUCACUGGUGUCUGCAAGCAUUUCAUCUACGGCGGCUGCAAGGGAAACGGCAACAACUUCCUGCAGGAGGCGGACUGUGUCAGCGAGUGCAUCCCCAAGCCGGCUAAGCAUUCUCAAGCGGCCAAUCCUGAAGACAUUUCAACAAAUGAGGUGGAAGUGGCCAAACCCCAUUCAGUCCAGGGAGGACACCCAGGCCCCGAAUCGGGUGCAGUGCUCCCACUGGCUCUGGGCCUCAUCAUCACUGCGGUACUGCUUAUCAUGGUGGGCUGCCGUCUGCGCUUAGUGCGUCGCAAGCUGAAGAAGGCCCGGCCAAUCAUGUCUGAAGAGUCGGACUACCUCAUUAACGGCAUGUACCUGUAGCGGCGUGGGCAGGGUGGAACUGUGGCCAACCAGAAACUGUCAAGGCGUGCAACACGUCACCUGCACCCCAUCCAUUAAUCAGUAAUCGAUUAGUAUCCACUGUGAGGAGGCGCUACCAGGCAGUGCAGUAACCAGGAAAGGCCCUACUUCUCUCAAUGCUGAUUGGUCGCUUCCAUGGACUGGAAAGUGACAGUAACGGGAUGGGCCUUAGUUACAUGGACAGAAACGCAUUGUUUGCCUUCCCAUCACCAGUUUUACGUGCUUGAGUGUGGUUUCUUUAAUGGCACAUUCAUUUGUGCAUUCUUAGCAUUGUUCUCAUUCAUGUUUUAUUAUUUUAAAGCUGGACCAGCCUUGAGAGAUAAACCGGCUAAAAACGUGCUGUUUCAUCUUCUCGUGCCUUCUCAUGUCCCAUUUGUAAUGAUGAAUGUCUGAAACAUCACAGAUAAGAAUGUGGUUGUUACUGAAUGUUGAUCCCAUAUCACGAACCUAUCCUGUUUUUACGAUGUGAUCUGUGGUUCUGUCUCAAAAGCGCUUUCCUCAGUCUUGUAUAGAACAUUCUGGUAAAUCCUCAGUGCUGCUAUGAAACUCCCCUCCCUCAGGGUGUCGAAAUUAACUAGAAGACUAGGAAUUUUUCUUCAUGAAAGUUUAUGGAUUUGACAAAGUCAUUUUGUACUACUGACUUCUGGUUGUGGUGCGACUGAAGAGGUCUUGUCCACGCGUACACGGGUAUUUUUCCUCCUGUUAUAAAAAAAAUCUCUGUCCACAUGAAUACGCUGAAACGCGCUGUCAAGAGUAUGCCAAACCAACAGGGGGCCAUAUUAUUCUAACCGUAAAGCCGCGUUGGCCAAUCAGAAGCAUUAUCUGUUCUGCUAGGCUAAAAACAAGUAAUGUAUAUGGUGAAUGGCUCUGACUCGGACGUCUCGAGCCACCCUGUCUACACGUCAACACUGAAAUUAGUUUUUGAAAAUCUUCAUCCUGGACGGGGUUUUGCGAAAACUCCAUUAUCAAUGAGCUAAAGUGCUGUUUGCGAGUAGACAAAAGACCAGAACGCAUAGAAAAAGAUACAGUUGUAAAGAUACCCGUGUACACGUGGACAAGGACUUAAACUCGGGAUGCUAAGGAGGGACCAUGACCUAUUCCGUUUCCCAGAAUUCCUAGCAAAGCAGAAUGCCAGAUUUUUUUUUGUUGCAUUUUUGUACUGCUCUACCAGUCGUACUUUAAGUGAUACAAACAUAUACGAAGUAUACACUGCAAGUGAUGUAUGUGAAGUCCAUAACCUAUUAAAGUUAUUGUAAAUCU